AACAGAAUCUGCACAUCUCCUGGCAAUGUUUUCUGUUUAACAGUUGGAAAUAUUAAAUCUUUUUUAAAAAAUUAAGUCUCUUCCUCCCCUAAGUCUCCAUAGUACAAAGAAAUUCAUUGGGCUUACCCUCUACUACAGUCAUGGCUUUCCAAAAGUUUGUGGCAUGGGAACAUCUGCCAUCCCUUGUUGUCAGACCAGAUGCUGUUGGAUCUUCUUCAUCUUCAUCAAAAUCAGAAAGUGGAAGCGCACAUGAUUCAGAAAGUGAUGAUGCCAAGCUAAAAGCCACAACCAUGAAGCCAGAAAUUGUUCCAGGUCCCAUAGUUGAAAUCCCGCCUUCUGUCAAGAAUGUGUUGGAAAAACUUGAUAUGGCACAGCUGGAAAGAGCAAAGAAGGAUGUUUCUAAGAAGCUCUACCGUAUUAUGGAUAAUGUGAACCGGACAUAUGAACGCUACAGAAAGGAUGAAGGGAUUGACCCAGAGAUAGAGAAGGAAUACCAGCUUUCUCAGUCAUGGGAAGAGAGAAGCCGUAGGUCUCAUCUACUAGAUGAAAUUGCUGAUGUGUUAGAUGACAGCAGGUUCAAAAUCCAAGAGUUAGAGAUGGUGCUGGAAUCAUUUAAAAACUUGUAUGAAUCGCUGAAAACAAUUGACUGGAGAGAAAGAGAGGCACCCAGCGACGGCAUAAUUGAUGAGAUGGAAGAACGUCUCCUGAAUUUUAUUAACUCAAUUGAUGCAAACAUUAAACAUCUGAUUAAGAUAUUCUACCCACUCUUUGAAGAGAAGAUCAAGCCAAGGAGGAAGUCAACAAUAAGACCUAGCCUGUUUAAAGCAUGGCGUGAUAAAGUGGCAGAUACACCCAAAGAAGGUGAGCCCUUGACAUUGGAGAAGAUGUUGGAAGAUGAACCUCUCACUCUUGCCCACUGUAAUGAAGUAAGCAUCAUGCUGCACGAGAUGACGGAUUGUCCACUCUUCAACAGAGCAGAGUAUGUUGCCAUCAAGUACAUUGCAACCAUGGUGGCGAACCUUACAAAGGCCUUCAGUCUUCUAAGUAAGCAAUGCCGGGGCCUUAAAAUCAAGUACGACAGCUUGCUUUCCAUAGAUAGCAGGAAGCAAGACCCUCAGGUGGUCCAACUGCAGAAAGAAUUGCGAGCAGCGCUAGAGAAAAAGGCAGCUCUUGAAAUGCAAGUCCACAAAGUUGAAGAGCGGUGCAAGAUACUCCUCAUCACUAAUGAGACAAUGCAAAAAGAAUUGCAGGAUGCCAAUGAGAGAGGCAUGUUGGUGAGUAAAGUCUCCUUUCCCAAGGUUCAUUCAGGAAAGACUCCUGAGAGGAUUCUCUCAGAUCAAGAAAAGAAACUGAAAAGCAAGGAGGGGGAACAGUCACCUGUAAAACUCCAGGCUCCAUCUAUACCGGAACUGCAUGCAAAACCUGAAGAAAGAGAAAUGCCCAUCGAGAAGCUGGCAGAUGAACAGGGUAAGAGGGAAAAACUGCAAGCAACUGUUCCAGAGAAAACGGACUAG